AUCAGCACCAUGGUGAGCUGCCGAUUACUACUCCUCUGUGUUUCCUCCUCUCUAUUAAUGCUGGUAGCAUGCAGCGAAGAAACAGUUGGGGUCAGGUCAGUAGAAAUCUCUGACACCAACAGCCAGGAAGAGAAAGAACUGAUAGAAGCCUUACAGGAAGUCCUGGAGAAACUGAAGAGUAAAAGAAUUCUUCCUCUGGACAAGAAGUUGGGAUGGGUGCCCUCGUGUGAUGCCGGUGAGCAAUGUGCAGUAAGAAAAGGAGCACGAAUUGGGAAGCUGUGUAACUGUCCAAGAGGGACCACUUGUAAUUUCUACAUCCUCAAAUGUUUGUAAGCAGAAGAGAUUACUGAGAUGGAAAGUGAGUCGCUGAGAUCAGGAGAGGAGAGUUGAAGCAAGCAGCGGAGAUGUUUUGACCUAUCAGUGUUCCCUUUUCUUCUCCAUACUUUUUAAUGUAUUUAAAUAAAGAAGAGAGACUAUAUAUAACCUA